CUAAUGUGGUGUCCUUUUUCCGCUGCAGCUGUCCUAUCCACCAGUGAAGCGUCGCACGGCGUGGCCUGGGCAACACCAGUUGGUUACGGAGCCCAAACUUCAUGCUCCUUCGACUCCUCCCCACCUCCCUUUGCUUCAGUCUCAGCAUUGCCCCAGCACGCACAGCAGCUGGGCCUCCGGAGCAGGUGGACGUGUGCCCCAUCCGCCGCUCAGAAAGCACCCUAUGAGUGCCUGGGCUAGGAGCGUGACCUCCUCUUUCUCUCCAGAUACUUUCAGUAGGUCCUCUGCAGCGAGGCAAGACUUGACAAACGUAUCAGGAAGUGGUCAGAGUGGUGCGGCAGGAGUUCCUUCACUGGGAAUUCAUAACGUGGAUUUCCUUCUUCAGGAAAAGGAUGAAAAGCUUCUGAGACUGGAAAAGGAAAUCAGUCGCCUCUCUGGAUUUGAAACCGAAAUGAAGCAUAAAGACACAGUGAUAGCAAAUCUUCAGGAUGAAAUUGCAAUGAUGGCAAAGACCAUGGCUCAGGCUGCUGCUAGAAACAAUGUAGAGCUGACUCAGAAGCUACUGACCUUUGACCGAGAAAUGGGGGCAAAAAUGGGAGAGAUUAAAGCCUUAAAAGAACAGAUCAGCAACCUCCAGAAAGACUCAAGCCAAGUUUUUAGCCAUUCCCUCUCUGAAAGAGACCUAGAAAUUGUAAGCCUGAAGAAGGAAAGCGAGAAGUUAAAGAGGGAUCAAUCUCUGACUGCAGGACUAGUGACCAGCCUGCAAAGAGAAAUUGGUGUGAAGGAGCAGAAAAUUCAGCAGCUCAAUCAAGAGGUUGAAAGAAUUAAGAAGGAAAACAGAGAAAAGGACAAUCAGCUAGCAGUUGUUUCUGCCAAGUGUUCUAGAAUUAAAGAGGAAGUGAAGCAUGAACUCGGAGAGAGAGAAGUAAUUGCUUACCGAAAUCGCAUUGGAGAGCUUGAAUUUCAUCUGAAGGGACUGCAAGGAGAAAUACAGAAGUACUGCACUGAACAAGAAACCAUCAGAAACAGGCUCUCUGAAAAGGCAAAGGCUGAAGAGGAGCUGAAAAAAGCAUGUGAAAGGAAAUCUCAGCAGUUACAGGAGAUGGGGCGCAGGGAACGCCUGCUGAAAUCCGAUUUGGAUCGGGCCAAAGAUCAGCUGGAGUCUUUGAAACACCAAGUGGUGCAAGUCUGUUUUCCACAAGCAACAGGAACUGCGGAGAAGUCCAUAACAGAUCAGCAGUUAAUUGAGAAGAUCAGGCAGAUCUCCGAAGAAAACCACCGAAGUCUUGAAAAAGAGAAGUUUUUCCAGGAGGAAAUUAGUUCUAGGCUCUCUAAGGAAAAGAAAUUGUCCGAAAACGUUGAGGUGUUCAAGGAAUCAUUAUGUGAGCUCCAGGCUUUCCUGAAGACCUCUUGCUGCAGCACUAGCCUGAGACGGGAGCUCUGUAACUUUGAGGCUCUAUGCGUGGACCCCUUUGUCUUGGAAAUCCACACAGCAGUGGUUGAAACCAUGCACCAGCUCCUGGCCUGGAUGGAGGGAGUGGAGCAGCUCCUGGAGAGCGCAGGGCUGGACCUGCCUUCCUCUGACAAAGGUGAAAAUGUACUGCGUGGCCUGGGUUUUAGUAACUGUUCCAGAGGCUCUCAGCUGGCCCUUAGGAGCCUUUCCAAGCUGUGGCUGAAACAAUUCUUUGGAAAGACACAAGCAGUAUCCUUAGGCCUUUUCCUGGACCGCCACUUCCAGAAGUCACUGGCCAGAUACCGCAGGCAGGCCCAAUUAGACAAAGUCCAGGAGUCCCAGGAUGCUUUGCUACAAGAGCAUUUGAACAAGCUGAAAGUGAAACAUGAGGAAGACCUACGGAUAAAAAUCAAUCAAAUUAUACUGGAAAAGGAGGAGGAAAGCAAAGAGAUUCUGGAGAGUGCUGUCGCCAAGGAGAAGGACAAGUUCAAGCAGUCUGUGGAUGAAGAACAGAAGAAGAUUCAAGAUUUGGAAAAUCACCUGAGAAAUAUGACUGAGGUAAUUGAAAUGAAGUCAAAAGAGCAGGAGGUUGUAAAUGUCAAACUACGAGAAGCUGUGGACAACCUAAAGGAAACUGCGAAGCGAGAGAUCAUGUUAAAGCAGCAGUUACUCAUGCAAGACAAACAGCUAAAGAGCCUUCAGAAUGAGAAUGACUUACUGAAGCAGAAACUUCAGGAAGAAAUAAUGGAAUAUAAAGAACAAAUUAAGCAACAUUCCCAGACAGUUGUUGCACUAGAAGACAGAUUGCUGGAGGCCAAGCAGCAGCAGAAGACUUUAGAAGAGGAAAAUGUAGCGCUCUUGGAAAAAAUAGAAGGAUUUCAGGGUGAUCCCUGCAGGUCCUCAUCAGCUGCUUCACUAGCAGUUUGUCAUACAGAGGAGUCUCACGGUUGUCUUAUAGAAGAAUUAGCAGCUGCACAGAACGCAAUCCUGUCCAAAGAGGCUGUCAUUGCCAGAUUAACAAAAGAGCUUGUGGAAACCAAAGCCCGAAUGUCGGACAUGAGAGGAGAGCUCAGUGAGAAACAGAAGGUAGAGCUGGAGCGGAACCUGAGUCGUGUGAAAAGCCAAGAGAGUGAAUUGAACAUGCUUAGAGAGAAGCUAUUUGAGAUGUCAAACCUUGUGGAUAAGAAGGAUAAAGACCUGGAAGCAGUAGCUGAAGAGUUAAGGCAAGCCCACGAAAACCUGAAACUGCUGAAGGAUGCCUCAAAAGAAACAGCAGAAGAGCUGAAGACUCUUCCUCAAACACAAGUGCAAGCUAGAACUGCGGCAGUGGAUGAAGUCUCCGAAAGGGGCCUGGCUUUGGACUUGGCCGACAUUGGCGCAAAAUGCAGAGGCCUCAGGCACGAGGAAACAAUUCGGCGCCAAAAAGAAGGCUUGGCCGAGCUCCGUGAAAGACUAAAGGUGCUGGAGAAGGCUCGGUCUUCAACUGUUACAAGCCAGGGUCCUGAGCCACUUGUGGUUCUGAAGAGAGACUUACCAGAGGAAAUAGUGCAGAAAGCAGGCCUCAGGAAGGAGCUUCUACCAUUGCCAAUAUCAAAAAGGAAGGCCUGCAAGUUUCCUAGCGGUUUUCCUAACGGGUGUUCACCUGUAGCUGUUGAGGAGCCAGCAAACGUGGAAGUAUCUGAUGCAUUAGACCUCAGUGAGAAGAUGUACCUUGAUUUAAUCCGUGCUCUGGGAGCGCUGAUGAAUAUGAAAGAGCUGACAGGAAUGCAGUCUGUGAAACAUCUUUCUCAGGAGGAGAGGGAAAAAGUGGGGCUGCAGAGACAGAAGGACCUAGAGCUGCUGUACGAUAAGAUCAGUAAACUCAAGAGUCGUCUGGAAAGGAAAGAAGAAAUGAUAAAAGAUUACGAGGCCAGUGCUGAGCAGCUCAGGCUGAACCAAGUGUCUUUGCAAGCGUGCCAGGAAGAGAUGACUAAAUUAGAAGAUGAAGUCUAUAGGGAAGCAGAAGAGAAUGCUCUGCUGAAAGAGGCUCUGGAGAGGACACAGGUCCAGCUGAACCAGGAGAAAAGACUGAACCAAGUGGUGAAACUGCACAAGAAUCUCGUCGAGGACAAGGAGAAGAGAAAUGGAAAGGAGCUUCCAGGCUGUGCCCGUUCUCAAAAAGGCCGAGUUGGGAAGCCUGGAGCCCAGAAGUUUUUCCUUUCAGAAAAGCAAAAGAUGAAAGACCGCACGGGAGGAAGCUGCAAGGCGGUACGACGCGGGCAAAGACGGUUUCAUCGACCUCAUGGAACUGAAGCUGAUGAUGGAGAAACUGGGAGCGCCGCAGACGCACCUAGGGCUGAAAAACAUGAUCAAGGAGGUCGACGAAGACCUGGACAGCAAGCUCAGCUUUCGGGAGUUCCUCCUGAUUUUCCGCAAGGCGGCGGCGGGCGAGCUGCAGGAGGACAGCGGGCUGCACGCCUUGGCAAGGCUCUCCGAGAUUGACGUCUCGACGGAGGGGGUGAAAGGAGCCAAGAGCUUUUUUGAGGCCAAGGUCCAGGCCAUCAACGAAGCCAGCCGCUUUGAGGAGGAGAUCAAGGCUGAGCAGGAGGAGAAGAAGAAGCAAGCGGAGGAGCUGAAGCAGAG